AUGGAUGGUAAAGGGAAGCAAAUUAGGAUGGUGAUGGGAAGGGUAGUAGUGAAGAAGGAAAGUACUGAUGAGUCAUCAGAUGAUGAAGGGCAUGAGCAAAACCAGAUGGAGUUUAUAGAAGAUGAUUUUUUUGAGAGUAACAAGAAAAAGAAAGUGGUGGUUACUGGUGGUGGAGGAAGGAGGGUUUCAAGUAGUGGUGGUGGAGGGAUGAGGUGUUGUCAAGUAGAGAAGUGUACAGCUGAUCUGACUGAUGCAAAGCAAUAUCAUAGGAGGCAUAAGGUUUGCGAACAUCAUGCUAAGGCUCAGGUUGUGCUUGUAGCUGGUAUUAGGCAGAGGUUUUGCCAACAAUGUAGCAGAUUCCAUGAACUAUCAGAGUUUGAUGAAACCAAAAGAAGUUGCCGCCGGCGCUUGGCCGGACACAACGAGAGGCGGAGGAAGAAUGCUGGUGAAUCUCAUGUAGAAGCCUCAAGCCGGAAAGCGAAUGGAACUCAUGGCACCCAGUUGAAGGAUAUGGUCUGUGGACAGGUUGAUGAAAGGGGAAGAAUUAAGAUAACAAUCCAAGAAAAUGCAACUUACAAACAUUUCCAGAUCAGCUAA